AACUCCUGAUCAGUAAUGAGUUCAUUAACCAUUAGCGCUUUAGAUGUAAGAGAUCUAAUAUUUAAUAGCCCCACCUUUAGAUCAAAGGUGCUGGCAGCAGCUGUACAGUCAGUCUGAUCUAAUUUUAUAUUGAUAUAUUGAUCUAAUUUUAUAUUUAUAGGUUACUGGAACAAACUCUCUGAGUAUUUCUACCUUUUUGUUGAGCUCGGGGAACAGACACAGUCUCGAUGUAGUGGGCCCUGAGUGACGACUCUGUGCAGCUCGCAGACAGUCGGUUUAGCCUGUUCGUCUGCUCCCUGGCCUUGGCUCUGGAUUGUCAGAAGUGAACUAGGCCUGUUCUGAGACUGAGCUAUGCUACAAGAAAUGAGAGCAGCACCUUCCCGAGUGGGAUGGAUACCGUCCCGCCCUAACAGGCCAGCAGUGCCCUCAAAAUUAGCCCAAUUAUCUAUAAAGCCCACACUGUUUUCAGAGCACCACCUGGACAGCCAGCAGUUCAGCGACCAUAACCUGCUGUAAGCUACAUCGCCACACCGCAUUGGGAUGGGGCCAGAGCAUGCUACAGCAUCGGACAUCGCCUUCGCUAAUUUAAACACCUCUGCAAGGUUACCAAUGACGUACGCCGUAUAUCAUUAGCUCCUGCAUGAAUAACUAUCUUUGAGAACCUGUGCUUGCCUUGGACCCUAAGAUUACCUGCUAUGUCCGGCACCCUGGCUCCCGGUAUACACCUGACUAAAGCUGCUGGUGCCCCUAAAGGCUGAGCUAAUUUCACGUGCCGUAUGAUAGAGUCCCCUAUAACCAGAGCUCUUUCAGGUUUCUCAGUGGGUGCAUCACUAAGGAGAGCAAACCUGUUCAACACGUGACGUGGAGAGGAGUGGUGCUCCUGUGGGUGAGCCUCAACGGAGCUUUGGCUCUACGCUUAUGCAACUGAAUCGUCACCCAUUCGCCCCGCUGUAAGGGCUCUAAUGCCGGAGUUGGGGGAUUACUAACUCCACCUAGGGCAUCCAGACUUUCCUCUACAGAAACUACACUGUUCUCAUUCUCACAAGUCUUCUCUCAAGCCUGGAUGCGCACUUCUAAAACUGCAAUCUUCUCCGUCAGAGAGCUAACUAAUCCGCACUCUUCACAAAUAAAGCUAUCACUAGUGACGGAGGAAGAAUGACUAAACAUCCUGCACUCAGCACACUGAACAGGCUGAAGGUGUGCCAUGAUGAAAAGAUUUGCGUACCUUAAUCGAAGGUCUGUUGAUAUUAAAGCAGAUCCGAUGUGGAUGGCCUCCGCUUGUGGUCCUUAUGCAGGAGGAGAAAAAAAAGAAAGCUUCCGGUCUCGGCGUUCUUCUGAAAAAAAAAGAAAGAGGGGGAAAAAAAGGAGUGCAAAAGUACAAUAAAAAAUGAAGAUUCUGUAAAAUUAUUUGUAGAAAAAAAAUAAAAUAGAUUAGUGAUUAACGCCAACACUCACAGAAAAAAGACUCGUCGCAGAAAACUCGGAAACCAGGAAGUGCGUAGCACAAUGUGCAUGCGCCAACUCAACCAACCAACGUGAGAGCCCAACUCGACAGAAUAGGAGUGUCCAGACAGCGCCUGGUGUGAGUCUCUCGCCAAAACUGCGUGUGCAGAGAUUCUCUUCUAGCUGUUCAUUGUUCUGUGUUUUCUGAUUAUUUGUGUGUGUGUGUUCAGUACAGCCAGGCCUCCACAGUGCUCUCUGCAGGAGGCAUUCGGCAGCAGUUCUCGCUGAAGGAGAACAUCCAGCUCUCUAUGGCCUCCGCGAACUUCCUAAAGAACAUUAAUGAACAUCUCGGCAUGCUGAACGAGGAGCCCAUUGACCUGCAGUUUAACCACUCGGGUUAUCUUUUCCUGGCCAGUGAAGCAUCGGCGCACAUCAUGGAGAAGAACUACGCCAUUCAGAAAGAAUUAGGGGCUGAAGUCGCCCUGCUGUCCCCUGCGCAGCUGAAGGAGAGAUUUCCCUUUGUGAACACUGACGGCGUUGCACUGGCUUCUCUUGGACUUGAGAAUGAAGGCUGGUUUGACCCUUGGACCCUCCUGAAUGCUUUCAGGCACAAAGCCAUCUCCAUGGGGGUGUAUCAGUGCUUUGGAGAAGUCACAGGAUUUGGAUGCUGGACACAAAAUGCAGAAACUGUGGACGGAGACCUUCUGAACAUAAAAAGGAUAAAAUACGUUAACGUGCAGAUGCCGAACAGUUUGGAGUACCAGCCUGUGGAGUGCGCCAUCGUCGUGAACGCUGCUGGUGCCGGUUCGGGGAAAAUCGCCGACAUGCUCGGCAUCGGACACGGCCCAAAGACCAGCAUGGCAGCCAUUCCAGUCCCUGUAGAACCCAGAAAGAGGUAUGUUUACGUGGUGCAUUGUCCCGAUGGGCCGGGUCUGACGUGUCCGCUUCUGAUCGACUACUCUGGAGCUUACCUGCGCCGAGACUGCCUCGGGGGAAAUUACAUCAUGGGGAGGUCACCGGAGGAGAACGAGGAGCCGGACUGCAGUUCCCUGGAUGUGGACUAUGAGUUUUUUCAGGAGAAAGUCUGGCCGCUUCUGGCACAUCGAGUUCCUGUGUUUGAGAAUCUGAAGGUGUCCAGCGCAUGGGCGGGGUUUUAUGACUACAACACGUUUGACCAGAAUGGCAUCGUGGGUCUGCACCCGCUGGUCAACAACAUGUACUUCGCAACAGGUUUCAGUGGACACGGGCUGCAGCAGUCUCCCGCCGUGGGCCGCACCGUGGCUGAGCUCAUCUUAGACGGAAAGUACAAGACCAUCGACCUGAGUGCCUUCGACUUCCGACGCAUCAUCAACCAAGAGCCCGUGCUGGAGACGAACAUCGUGUGAGCACAGAGAAGGAGAAUCACACCUCUUUAAUGCUGGUGACGUGACUCUGACCUGCAGUACAGCUGCUCACACUGACGCCGUGUGGACAAGAAAUAACUGAAAUCAGACGAGUGCUGUAACGAGAUCUUUAGAUAAUCUUGUUUUGUACCAAAGCUGCAGCCUUCCUUAUGCACAGAAAUCCUCAAAGAUUGUGCACAGGGCCAAAAAACCAAACUGAGCUUAAAUUUACUUUACGUACGAGAUCAGUGUAACGUUUUCUCACCUGCCAUGUGUUUUUUGAAUUUUUAUUUUUUUAAAAGCAGUAAACAUAUGUAGCCUUCGCUGUCCUGCAUUUUCCAUAAUCCCCUGCUGGUACCAAAUGCGAAACCUCGGCACUUUUAAAAAGUUAUUUUUCUCGGGAGGAAUGCCUCGUCACAAGAAGUUCCUUCUCAUUUCUCUCUAACAACAAUUUAUUCCAUCUCCUGUGCUUUUUUUGAAACAGAUUUAGUGUGGAUGAGCUCCAUGGAAAUUGGACUAAAAAUGCAGACAGAAUUCACUUUGAAUUUUUUUUCUCUCUCUCUUCCCAAGGCUCUUUUCUGACAUGAUUAUGCAACGUUCUACAAUUAUGACUGGAAUUUAAAGAGAACUGAAUUCCAAUUUGAGAGGAAAAUCUGAAUCGUAGUUUUAGACAUGUAAUUGGCCUGGGUGUGUGGGUUUUUUUUUUUUUAAAGAAGUGUGCUAAUAAUUCUGAUAUUGACUGUAAGUGACUUUUUAAUUUUCAGUUUGUGUGCUGGAGAAAUUAUCAGAGGUGUGUUUUUAGCAUCUCAUAAAAUUCAGGAGAAAAAAAAAACCUGUAAAAAGGUCGCUGCUUGUUGCUGAAUGGCGUGCAAAAGCUUGUACAGCCUUGGAUAGAACGAGAUGUUUUAUUAGCAAAGCAGAAAUGGUCAAACGGUGUGUGUGUGUGAGAUUUAUAGAUAAAUGUUAAAAGGAUGUGAAAUAAAAAAAAUAUUAAACUGUA